GGAGGAGGAGUGGGGACCGGGCGGGGGGUGGAGGAAGAGGCCUCGCGCAGCGGAGGGAGCAAUUGAAUUUCAAACACAAACAACUGCACAAGCGCGCACCCUUCGUACCGGAGCGUUGCCCCAGAUCCGCGCCCGCCCCGUCCGUGCGGCGCGCGGGCGGAGUCGCCGUGGCCGCGCCGGAGCCCGGGCCGGGGGCCACCAUCGAGGCGGGGGCCGCGCGAGGGCCGGAGCGGAGCGGCGCCGCUACCGCCGCACGCGCAAACUUGGGCUCGCGCUUUCCGGCCCGGCGCGGAGCCCGGGGCGCCCGGAGCCCCGCCAUGUCGCGAUCCAACCGGCAGAAGGAGUACAAAUGCGGGGACCUGGUGUUCGCCAAGAUGAAGGGCUACCCACACUGGCCGGCCCGGAUUGACGAGAUGCCGGAGGCUGCCGUGAAAUCAACAGCCAACAAAUACCAAGUCUUUUUUUUCGGGACCCACGAGACGGCAUUCCUGGGCCCCAAAGACCUCUUCCCUUACGAGGAGUCCAAGGAGAAGUUUGGCAAGCCCAACAAGAGGAAAGGGUUCAGCGAGGGGCUGUGGGAGAUCGAGAACAACCCCACCGUCAAGGCUUCUGGCUACCAGUCCUCCCAGAAAAAGAGCUGUGUGGAAGAGCCCGAAGCCGAGCCCGAAGCCACUGAGGGUGACGGCGACAAGAAGGGGAACGCCGAGGGAAGCAGCGAUGAGGAAGGGAAGCUAGUCAUUGACGAGCCAACCAAGGAGAAGAACGAGAAGGGAGCGCUGAAGAGGAGAGCGGGGGACCUGCUGGAGGACUCCCCCAAACGUCCUAAGGAAGCAGAAGACCCUGAAGGCGAGGAGAAGGAGGGGGCCGCCUUGGAGGGUGAGAGGCCCCUCCCAGUGGAGGCAGAGAAGAACAGUACCCCAUCUGAGCCCGGCUCUGGCCGGGGGCCUCCUCCGGAGGAAGAAGAGGAGGAAGAAGAGGAAGAGGCUGCCAAGGAAGACUCGGAGGCCCCGGGCAUGAGAGAUCACGAGAGCCUGUAGCCACCAAUGUUUCAAGAGGAGCCCCCGCCCCGUUCCUGCUGCUGUCUGGGUGCUACUGGGGAAACUGGCCAUGGCCUCCAAACUGGGAACCCCUUCCCCACCCCAAUCCACUUUCCUUUUCCCACUCACUCUCCCCUUCUGAGCUCAGACCCUGGAGAUUGACCCCGAUGGGACAGGCCACAUGGCUCUCACCUCAGUGUCCCCACACACCUGUGACCUGAGUCAGGUCCAUGUCUUCUGCUCUGUGGGAUGAGAUGAGGCCAUUGUGUCCCUCCCUGCCUGGAGUUGUUUCCCAGUAUACUUGUUAGGGCCUGGACCGGCUAUUUCCAUCUCCUGACACCCCUCGCCCCCUUCCCCGGGCAUUCUAGAUGUCUAGGUUGGCUGGGAUCAGGGCUAUGAAUGGAAGGGAUGGAGAAUAAAUAGCAGGGUGGGCUUCUGGGGUCUGGGAGGGGCAAUCUUCAAAUUGGGGUGGGGGGUUGGGUAAGAGGAUGACAUCUCCCUGAGCUCCUGUCCCUUCCUCCCACACCUAUUAUCCCAGCUGCCUGGAUUCAGGGAAAGUGGGACAGCUGGGGUGGGGGUGGGGGGUGUGGGGAGUGGGAGAGGCGCUCCCUUCCGUAAAUCUUUGAUUGACAGUGCCCAAUUGUCUCACUUAUGCAGACCCCAGGUGUUAUGGGAGUUACAGUUUAUCAUCAAAAGAUUUGGGGUCUUCCAAGUUCUUUGGGUCAAGGACCUGAGAUCUGAAGGACUGACUUCACCUAGCUUGGGUGGGAGUGUUGAGGAGUAUCCAUCCCCCUUUAGAUCUCAGGCCAGAGAUGGGAUGCCCUGGGGAGACCCUUAGCUACCCUUUCCCUCUUCUCACAGUGCUCAAGGCCAGCCUACAGUCACACACGUCACCCAGACAUAAAGGAAAAGACACAUUUUUUAGGAAAUGUUUUUAAUAAAAGAAAAUUAAAAAAAAAAAUUUUAAAGACCCCCCCCAUCCCUUUGUGUGCCCCCCACUCUUGCCCCCAUUUCUGAGGUGCACUGGGAGGCUCCCCUUCUGUUUGGGGCUUGAUGACUUUUCUUGUUGUAGUUGGAGCUUUGGUGUUCCUGCUGAUGUCAUUUCCCAUCCACACACCCCCGACCUGGUCCACUCAGUGUUGUCACCAGAUCCGAUUUGUAACCCACUGAGAGGCCAGAGGGAAAUAAUCGCCCUCUCCCAACCUCUUUCUAGUGGUUUCUUUGCCUCUUUGGUUUCUUGUCUCUUUCACCCUUGCCCCUCUCCCUUGGGCUCUGAUGAAAAAUUGCUGACUGUAGCUUUGGAAGUUUAGCUCUGAAAACCGUAGAUGAUUUCAGUUCUAGGAAAAUAAAACCCAUUGAUUACUA